AUGAAAGUACCAAAAGAAUUUAAAUUCUAUUAUAGUAGUGAUAUAUCUAUUAAAUAUAAAAUUAAAAUAUGUUCGCUUAAGGGUAAGAGACAGAAAGAAAGUGCACCAGAAACAGUUACAAAAUGGAUAGAUGAUCCUUUCUUAAAGAAUUCUUCAUUGUAUAAAGAUAAAACAUUAGAUUUAUAUAUUUGUUGUACAUUAUAUUCAGAUGGUAAACCGUUGUGUUCACCAGAGCAGACCAUGUUCUUCCCUUUUGCAUCGGGAGAUAACAAGUGGGAUGAAACAUUGAUUAUGCCACUGAAGCAUCAGGAUUUACCACACGAUACACUCAUAGUAUUCACCAUUUGGGAUAUAUAUGCACCGUCAAAGAGAGUACCCAUAGGUGGUACUUCCUUUGCUGUCUUUGGUCGCAACAGAAUAGAACGUCGUGGUAAACACAAGUUGAUCAUCUAUCAAGACGUCGAAGGUAACGGUGAUGUUAACUCUGCAACACCAGGUCAAAUACAAGGUAAAGAAGAAGUAUAUAGAUUAGAAAAAUUAUUAAAGAAAUAUGAUAGAAAUCUUAUACCUCAUAAUGAUUGGUUGGAUUAUUAUGCGAUGCGAGAGAUUGAUAAGAUUACAAAAAAUGCAGAGUCGUUGAAUAAGAAUGCAUUGUAUUUGACUAUAGAGUUACCAGAGUUGGAUCUACCGAUUCUCUUUAAGCAACAGACAUGUCACUUUUAUAAACCUAUUCCGACACAGAAGAAACGAUUGGUGUUGGUCAAUGACGUAGAGAUGAACGAUCAUCCUUGCGAACAAAAAUACUAUCGUCUCAACUCUUACGAUAAGGAUGACAAAGAUCAUAAGGAUCUUAAACCGAAUCAAUCUGAGUUUAGAAAUCUUACUAAUCUAUUGAAAACACCACCAAAUACACAAUUCUCUGCAAAAGAUUCGAUUUUAAUGUGGAAGUUUAGAUAUUAUUUGGUUAAUAACAAGAAGGCAUUGACAAAGUUCUUGAGAUGCGUCGAGUGGAAUGAAGCACAUCAAAAGAAUGAGGCACUCUCUAUACUGCCAAAGUGGGAGCAGAUCGAUGUGACAGAUGCCCUAGAGUUACUCUCUUCGACUUUUAAUCACAAGAAUACUUUGAAUGUCAGAAAGUACGCGGUGGAUAUCCUCCGAAAGGCAGACGACGAGGAGUUGCUUUACUAUUUGCUACAGCUGGUGCAGGCAACCAAGUACGAACCUCAGGACAUGGUGGAGUCGCCACUCAUCAGUUUCCUCAUUGAGCGAUCCACCCGCAACUUUUCGGCCAAGACCCCACUCGGUCUCAAGCUGAGAACCAAACAGGGACCGGAAUACGGUAUCAUCUUCAAGACGGGUGACGAUCUCCGACAGGAUCAACUCAUCAUCCAGAUGAUCAGUUUGAUGGAUCGUUUGCUAAAGAAAGAGAAUCUAGAUCUCAAACUGACACCCUAUCAUGUGCUUGCCACUGCCGAGGAGGAUGGAAUCGUAGAGAUGGUCUCGCCAUCCGAAGCUAUGGCAGCGGUAAUCAACAAGUACGACGGUGAGAUUCUUAAAUACUUUAAGGGACAUCAUCCAGAUCCAGACGCACCACUCGGUGUCGCGCCAGAAGUACUCGAUACCUUUGUAAAGAGUUGUGCAGGUUACUGUGUCAUCACCUACAUUCUCGGUAUUGGAGAUCGUCAUCUCGACAAUCUGCUCCUCACACCGAAUGGAAAUCUCUUCCAUAUCGAUUUCGGUUACAUCUUGGGUAAGGAUCCAAAGAUCUUCCCACCACCAAUGAAGUUGUGUAAGGAAAUGGUCAUCGGUAUGGGUGGAGAGAACAGCAAACAGUAUGAAAAGUUCAAGCAAUAUUGUUGUGAGGCCUACAACAUCUUGAGAAAAUCGUCACAUUUGAUCAUCAAUCUUUUCGCACUGAUGGAAGAAUCGAAUAUUCCAACCAUUAGCGAAGAACGUGAGAAAUCAAUCCUCAAGGUACAAGAGAAAUUCCAACUAGAGUUGAACGAUCAAGAAGCUGCCAAUUCAUUAUUACAAUUACUUAACGAUUCUGUUAGCGCACUUUUCCCAGUCAUGGUUGAAAUGGUACAUAAAUGGUAUCAAUAUUGGAGAAAUUAA